AUGGAAGGGACAAAAUUUCAUUAAUUUCGAAACUCCUAGACACCAAAACAUUCACACCAAAAUUCAGAAAGAAUCAUUUAGCUCAAACCCACCAAUUUACCAUAAUCCCAGAGAAUGUAGACGGAUACUAAUUAACCAAGUAUUAAAGAAAGAAUUGAAAAAUCCAAAACCAUAUCAUAAUCUGUAUUCAUCUAAAUUCAUAUUAAUUCAGUCUUAUUACUAAUCUCCUAUUUUAAAGGAUAUACAGCUCGAUUACAUUGAUAGAUUAAAAAAAAUGGAUAAAAACGAUUUUUUUGCUCAAUUGAAUAGUUAGGACCCUUACAAAUACCCCAAAAAAUUAGAAGGCCUUUAAUUUAUUACCUCCAAUAGUAAAGUUUAUCUAUAGAAAAGGUAGAAAUCUCCUAAGCCCAGGUCAUUUUGCCAAUUGAACUGACAGAUAGAACCAUCUAACUAACUAAAUUUUCUUCAAAUUUAACAAAGAGAGUAGUCAAAGAUAAAAUUCACAGGGGUAUUCCAUUAAAGUAUUCUAUUGUUAUAAUAUCAUUCAGACACGAUGUAAAAGCCCUAGCUGAGUGGACUGAUCUCAUGCUUGAAUAGGCUAUUGAGAAAAACCAAGGACAAUCAGCAAAUAUAUAUGAAGAUUUGUAGUAAAUAUUUUCGCUUUGCUUGAAAGAACUAAUUCGUUAGAUUUCGUUUGAUUGUAUUGAAAAAAGGUAUUAAGUUUAAAUUCAUUAUUUGUAGUGUUCUAUUAGAAAAAAUAUGGACAUAGUAUAUAGAUAUUAAUACGUCAGUUUACUAAUCAAUUUUAAAUUAAAAUAAUAUUUUAGAAAAAGACCAUCUAUCAGAAGUAAUGAGAACACAUUAAUUGUACUAAGCAGAAAUCGACAAAUAUUUGAUUAUCCAAAAAAAGUAAAAGGCUGAUAUGGAUUCAGUUUUGGAAAGAUUUGUUAAAUUGAAGGCUAAUGCAAAAUAUUUGAAAAAAAAUAAUAGAUAUUUAAAUACUUAAAUACGAAAUUAAAAAAAUGAAAUCUAAGAACUAAAAUCUGAGAAUAAAUAAUUUCUAGAUCAAAUCGAAAAAAUUACUGAUGAAUUAAAUGAUUACUAAAGGAAUGUUCAAUUACAAUUUGAACAAUUUUCUAUUUAAGCUCAGAAAUAAUAAAGAAAUGAAACUAAUUUUGAUCAUGAAAAUUAAAUAAAAUCAAAAUUAGUAAGAGCUGGUACUGAAAGAAGGAUAACCAUCCAUCAAAUUCCAUAAUAUAAACUACCUGAAAUAAAACCUAUCUAAAGGGCUAGUGGCUUGCAAUUUGAUAAAGUAGAUUCAGAUUAAGAGAAGCUUAAAAAAGUGUUAAAUGAUAGUCUAUCUGUUGGAGAUAUUGAAAUUCUAUUAGAGGAAAAGGCUACAGACACUUAUGAUCUCAUUUAGAUAUUAUAGUUAACAAAGGAAGCAGAAAUUUAAACCAUAGAAAGAAAGAAUUUAUCUAUUCAAAUCCCUAAGUAAAAAUUUUAAUUAGUUUAAUAGAUUUGAAUUAAAAGACAGGAGAUAAUAAAUCAUUUAAACAGAAAUCUCAUUUUUAAAUAGGAUAUCAAGGAGUGUUUAGACCGAUCUAACUGAAGAAUUACAGGAAUCUAUUAAGAUGGAAGAAUAUCAUAUUGAAUAAUUACAGGCAGCUAUUCAAAAGGCAAGAGAUCAUUACUUAAAAAUCUUUGAUCAAACUCAAAAUUGUGAACAGCCAUAAAUUCAAGCCAUCUUUGAUCCUUUUGAAGAAUUUUAAAGCAAAUUAAAAGAAAAUCUUCAUCAAUAAAAAGAAAUGAGGACAAAUUUGAUAUUAGUUAAUAGUACAUUUAAAGAUGAGAACACGAGAAAGGAACAGUAACUUUAGUAAUAUGUAUAUAUGAUGUUAAUACUUAUAGUAAAAACGAGUGUCAGAACUUGAAAAGAAUAACGAUUUAGUCAAUCAAGAAAUGGUUGAGUUAGAAGCGCAGUUAGAUUUAUAUGAAAAGGUUAAACUGUUAUCUAUUGAUAGAUUAAUGAGAAAAUAGAAAAAAAAUAUCAAAGAAUAAAGUCUGUUAAGUCAAUUUUAGUUGAUAAAACUAAAACUCUAGUUGUUUAAUUAACAUAAACACAUAAAUUUGCUGAGAUUAUGAAAAAAAAAAUAUAAGAUAAGAGAAUGAGUUCAAUAACUCCUAUGCAAAGCACUCCUAAAUCUCGGUUUUCACAUGUUUAGCCUUAAAUAAUACAAUAGAAUUUAUCAAUAAUUCCACCUCAAAUUAUAAUAAAUGAAUAAGUGGAUUCUUAAAAUUAAUAGGAAAAUAUUAAUUAAUAUACUGAAAGGAAUCUUGUAUAACAAAAAUCCUUUAGAAAAAGUGUAAUGCCUUAAUAAUAAUAAUAAUAAUAAUAAUAACAACAACUUUAAAAUGAAAAAAAUUAAAAUUGUUAAUAUAAUAUUUCUAUUCUUCCAUUAUAAGAUAAUUAGACUGCUUAAUAAUUUUCUUAACAACAACAGUCUAACUAAUUUUUAAGCGAAGAUGUAUAAUUACUCAAUAUUAAUUUAGGAUACAAAUGAACUUUAAUAAAAUUCAGCAAGAAACAAAAACUUGAAUAAACCCAGACCUAGUUAAAGAAUGGUAAAAAUAUUUUAGUUAUUUAAGCAAACCCCAAUCAAUUAAGCAAAGAAAAAAGAAUCGAAAAUGUAGAAAAGAGGAUCUAUGAUGCCAUAACAAAACGAAUAAAUGCAAUAUCUUUAAGAUACAAUUUCUAAUUUUAUAUAUUCAAAUUUUUCAUCAUCAGACUCGGAUAGUGAAGAUUCAGAAUAUACUCUAAAAUUGGAAGAAAUUAAAUAAAGAAAAAAAAAAAUUAACCAGACUAAAAAAUUCUAAUUUUCUUAAGUUCCAAGUAAAAAUUUAUAAGAUAUCUAGAAUUUUAAAAUAAAUAAUCGCUUGAUAGCCCAGGUCUGAGUUAUCUAAAGGCAAAUCUAAUAAAAUAGCUUGCUACAAAAUUUGCCUCUACUAAUUAAAAAGAUAUUGUAGCAAAGAUGAAAAAGGGGGCAGUGCUAAAAUUAAUACAAUAAUUUUAUGGGGAAAAAUUAAAAUAGAAUCAAAAUAAAACUUCCUUGCACAUUUUAUGUUACGAAUACUUUUUUAACACAUACGGAUUUAAGAAUAUUGCUGAAUAGAAAUUGAUCAAUUUUUAUGAAUCAAUAUUUGUUCAUCGAGAUAACAUUAGAGUUAAUUUAUUUGGAAGAUUCUUAUAGUUGUUUAGUUCAUUAACACUUGAUGAUUUAGAUAUAUAUAUCAAGACUCUUAAGUAAUUAGAUGAGGAUAAUUAGACACUCAAUACAGAUAAGGUAAAGCAAAAUUAUAAUUUUAGGGUUAUUAUAUACUGGUUGAAAAGGCGAUUUUAAUUUUGGAGACAAUUCAUUCCCAGAUCCCAUAAGAAUAUAGGAGCAACAUAAUUUACGACAUUAAGUUGAACUACAUAGAGAGAAAUAUGAGACCAUAUAUUGACUAUGAUUAUUAUAUAAGUAGGAUUUUGACAGGUAAAUGAAUUGAAUAAAUAAAAAGGCUAUGAAAUCAUCAAGAAGAUGCACAUGAAACAUUAUUAAGAAGUAUUUAACUCGGCAGACAUGGAUCUUGAUAAUAUGAUGGAGUAUCAAGAAUUUAAGAAAUUAUAUUAUUAUUUUGAGGUUAAACAAGGUAAUCAAACUUCGAUUAGUGUAAUUGAAAGAGAAUUUUUGUCUCGAUGUGACUUAACAGCCAAUAAUGAGGGAGAGAAGGCGAUGUCAUUUGAUAGAUUCUUAACAUUUUCAAUAGAGUAGAAUUUAUUUUCCGAAGAUAAAUUUACGAAUUUUGCAAAUAGUGUAGUUGAAUAGGAUCCUAUAAAAACGAUAGAAGAUUUGUACAGGAAUUGGAGUGAUGUGAAAGUAAGGUUAGAAAAGAGAGUGUAAUAUGCGGUUGAAGAGGAGAUAGAAUAUUGUCUGAGUGUCAUAAAAAAGUUAGAUAAAGUAAGUAAUUGUGGUGAAUAAAUUUAGGCUUUAACUUGUGAAGAUAAGAGACAGAGUAUUUGGAUAUCUUAUAGAAUAAUAGACAAUGAUACAAGAUUGAUUUACAUAAAUAAAUUGGCGGAUGAUUUGGUUCCAUAGGGAUUCAACGAAUUGAAGGAAGCACUCGACUAUUCUUCAGAUGAUAACUAUUGA